GCUAUGGGAGAUCAACAUGUUUUCAUCAUCGCUUCUUUUGCAGCUCGUCCUUCCUUGGCAGGCAUUACUACAUGAUACAUCUAGGCUUAGCUCCCCACAUUUACAGGACUAUGUACAAUGUCUCGUCUCAUUCGAAAAAUCGGCGGGACCCCCGUGCAGGCCAUUGGCUUUGGCGCCAUGGGUCUGUCGGUGGGCUAUGGCCAGACGGGUUCUACAGAGGAGCGUUUGAAGUUUUUGGAUGAGGUUUAUGCUCACGGCAGUACGUUCUGGGAUACCGCUGACGCGUACCAAGACAAUGAGGAAUUGAUUGGAAAAUGGUUUGCGAGGACUGGAAAGCGCAAAGAUAUCUUCCUCGCUACUAAGUUCGGUCUCGCCGAUCCGUUGCGGUUCCCCAACGCCGACCCAGCCUACGUCAAGACUGCUAUCAAAAAUUCACUGAAGAAACUCCAGACCGACUAUAUCGAUCUAUAUUACCUCCACCGAGGAGAUCCCCAAGUGCCCAUCGAGAAGACAAUCGCCGCCAUGGCCGAACUCGUCAAAAAGGGCAAAGUGAAGCACAUCGGCGUCUCUGAGAUAUCCGCGUCUGCGCUCCGACGUGCGCACGCAGUGCAUCCCAUCGCCGCGCUCCAGGUCGAGUAUUCGUCCGUCAUGCUCGAUAUCGAGUUCGAGAAGCUCGCGCUGCUCCGGACUGCGAGGGAGCUCGGGAUCGCGGUCGUUGCGUACUCGCCGCUCGGUCGUGGUCUGCUCACUGGCAGCUUUAGGAACGCGGGGGAUGUGCCUGAUGGUCAUUAUGCAAAGUAUAUACCGCGCUUCAACCCCGACAACUUCCCGAAGAUCGUCAGGCUCGCUGACGAUUUCAAAGCUGUUGGUGCUAAGCACGGUGCUACAGCCGGUCAAGCCGUCCUCGCCUGGCUACUUGCACAGGGCGACAACGUCUUCGUUAUUCCUGGUACCAAGAAGGUCAUGUAUCUCGAGGAGAACUUGGGCGCAAAUGACGUGACUUUGACGGAGGAGGAGGUCACUGAGCUCAGGACGUUGGCGGAAACUAUUCAUAAAGAGGCUCCGGGUGAGAGGUAUCCUGGUGAUUUCAACAACCUUUCCUUCAUCGAUACGCCUGCGCUCUGAGCGUAUGUGGACUAUGGAGGUGCAGUAUUACAUGGAUCUGUGAAAAGUGCAGCUGUCUUCGAGAUCGAUUAUUCA